AUGGAGAUGGAGGACACCUUCAUCACAAUGGACGAACACGGCAUGUUGGAAAAGCCACGGGACCUUCCAGCAACGGCCGAGCGCAGGAUCAUCAUCAUAGAUGGCGCCAACCUGCUCCACCAAGCCCAUGCGGAGUGCAGCAAGCUGAAUCCGCCCGACUCGGCUGCGGAUACGCGAAAGGAUCUCGUCCAUUUGUUGGCCGUUAUUCGCUACUUCCUCCGCAAUGAUUUCAACGUGAUCACCGUGCUGCAGCCAAAGUAUACGCGGCCGCGCCACGUGCGAAACGAGUUCAUUUGCAAGCCGUUGGAAAGACUUGGGCUGCUGGUCAUACCACCAAAGCCGGUCUACGACGAUCUAUUGCUACUCCGUAUGGCCGUCGAUCUCGACGGUGUUGUGUGCAGCCACGACAAUUUCGGGCAAGAGUACGAGCUGUCCAAGUCCAAGGCGUACAAGCGAAUUAUACAGACAAGGAAGCUGACGCCCGCAUGCAGGUUCGUUAGGGACCCCCGGCAUCACAACAAGCUGUCCUUCGAUGGGCACUUCAUUACAAAGUUCCACAUUUCGUUCGAAAAUCCUAGUCGCCACUACCUAACAGAAGCCCUAUUCUCGACGCCCAACUUGGCCCGCCACGAGAUUACCCUCUACACUGGACAGAAAUGGGACGCGGGCUCGCGCGAGCGAUCCAUUGAAUUCAUUGAUCGCCUCCUCGAAAUAUGUCUCCAAGAAGGAGGGCCCCGACCGGCUCGUCGUCAGUCGCUUCCAGCGCCAUCUGGAAACAGACGUCGACGUGACGGACGCUCGCGGGGACCAACACCCAGUCAUCAAUACCAAAACGAUGAUGAGGUCGAAGACGGUUGG